CAACAGUGUCGGCUUCCUAAUGAUCAGGAACCCGUAGAAAAGUUCCCAGACAAUUAGGCAGAAAGCUUUAAUUAGGUGUCAGCGAGCUGUUGGCGAUGCAAGCGGGAGUAUAAACGCAAUCGCCAACGAGCUUCGGGGUGCAAAAAGACGAAGAUCUGACCGAGCUAUCGAAAAAAGGCAUAAAAGACCAAUCGAAAGCAUAACAACUGACCAAGACGUGGGGAGGAUGGAUGUGACCCCGACGAGGGUAUUCCUCCUAACGCACCCUCGAACCGCCUCAAAUCUAGUCACCCGGAUCCUAAACUUAGACAACCAACCAGCCCUUUGUGGUCCAGGUACCGACGCUCAAAAGUCCAACAACAAUGGGUACUUUUUCCUGCCGACCGUGUCACGCCGGCUCGAGCUGGCUGAUCGGCGGUCCGAGGAUUGGGCUGAGGAAGAACGAGCAGACAUAAGCCGUUGUCUUGAAGCUUGUACCGCCCGACUCGUCCAGCACGCGGAGUCGGCAGAAGCUGAAGGGAAGGGUGUCUAUGUGAAAGAACACCUCAUCUGGAUGCUCUCACCAGCAGCAGAGGACCUGGCCAAAGGGACAGACCUGACGAGGGACCGCGAUUGCAACAUUGUACAGCGGAAAGCCGCGAGAGAGGAGGGGGAGGGAGACACGGAAGAGCGGGAGGCACAAAACCAGACCGUCCUACCUGAUGCAUUCCUGCGGACGUGGACACCCACAUUCUUGAUUCGACACCCUGCGUUAGUAUUCCCGUCCCUUUAUCGAACCUGUGUAGACCUGGAAGGGCCAGAACAAGCCAGAAAGAACGCUGAUGGGAGCUUUCGAAUCGAGAUGACCUGGAGAUGGAGCCGAAAUUUGUGGGAGUGGUUCAGGAGGCAAGGUAAUGAUGAAUCAACGUCUCAGUGGGUCUUUGGGGAUGACAAGCUAUCUGGCUCGUCAUGGCCGAUCAUCCUAGAUGCGGACGAUGUUAUUCUUCAACCAGAUGUCAUCAAAAGAUACUGUCAGAUUGUAAGGUUGGAUCCAGACAGAUGCCAGUUCGAAUGGGAGUCAGCCACCGCCGAAGAGCAGCAAAGCUUGCAUGCCGUGGAGAGAAGGAUGAAAUCCAGCCUGUUGUCGUCGACUGGUUUGAUCAAAGGCAAGACCGCGGUGGGAUUAGAUCUCGAGCGUGAAGCACAGGAAUGGAAGGACGAAUUUGGGGAAGAGGAAGCCAGAAAGCUUCUGUCGUGGGUCAAGGAUGCAAUGCCAGAUUAUGAGUUCUUGAGAGAGAGGCGACUGAGAUAG